AUGAAGCCGCCUGCCACCUCGCGCCCCUCGAGCAUGGGUGGCCAGAAGUACCAUUGGCGGCCUGCUUCCGCUUCAGGCACCGAGUGCUACCCUGCCCAGCCCGCCCAUGCCGACACUGAAUCAUGGUGUCAAAAGGCGUGUGAGAUGAUGGACUAUCCUAACAUGGAUCCAGACAUGCCCGACUUCAACCCUACCUUCAUGACCCACGACGAGGACAGUCCCAUCAUUGAUCUCAGGCAGAACCCGACCAUGCGCCAGGACCCCAACACCGGCUACCUGCAGAAUCCCUCGCAGCGCUUCUCUGGCGCCUCGUUCUCGACGACGAGCACCGGCACUGGCUUCACGUACGAUGACUUUUCGUCCGAGACGGACACCCACUCCUACACAGCGUCUGACUAUGACAGCUGGGGACCCAUGGAUCCUUCGUCCAACCUCCUGUCGCCCCUGACCUCCCCGCAACGCCACGAUCCCGUGCGGACCGUAAGCCGCGGCGGCGCCUCGCCGGGCCCCCACAACCACUCCAGCGUCCGCUCGUCGCCCUACACCCUCGAGAGCGACCGCAUGAAGAGGUGGUCCACCGGCAUGACGGGCGCUGCACCCACGUCGACCCCGGCUCUCGCCGUCCACCAGGUCCAGGAUCGCUUUGCAAACUACGGCCAGCGCCUCAACCCGCAGUCGAUGCCCGCCUUUGGCGCGAGCACCAUGAGCAUGCACCGCCCGCAGUCCCAAUACGUGCUUUCCUCGCAGCCGCACCCGCUGCCAUCCACACAGGGUCCUAUGUUCUCUCCUCCGCACCAGCGCUACCAAUUGGAGGCCCCCCGUCCUGUUCCGUCCCAGGGCAUGUAUGGCCUGCUCCAGAGCAAUGACCACCAGCACCACGGCUGCUCCGCCCAUUUCGCCGAUUUCUCCGAGCCACCUAACCUGUACGCAUCCCUGCAGCAGGAACCUUCCGACCCCCCGCCAGAAGAUUUCAACCCGUCGGAUCCCGACAUGGUGCCCAAGGAACAGGAAUUGCGCUUCGAGGGCGAUCUCUACACCCCCCGCUGGGUCCGUGGGCACGGCAACAAGCGCGAGGGCUGGUGUGGACUGUGCAAGCCGGGCAGGUGGCUCGUGCUGAAGAAUAGCGCUUAUUGGUACGACAAGUCGUUCACGCAUGGCGUCAGUGCGAACACGGGCGCCGCUUUCCAGGGUCCGCGGGAUACCCGUCGCACAGAGGGAAACCUGGACGUGUGGGAAGGCUUGUGUGGUAGCUGCGGCGACUGGGUAGCGCUGGUCAGCAGCAAAAAGAAGGGCACGACGUGGUUCAGGCACGCUUACAAGUGUCACACUCAUCCAAAGGCCAAAGAUGGUCCCAAGCGUCGCCGCGAGACUUCCUCGCAGCAGGCUUCUCGCAAUGCCGGUGGUGCCAGCAGUACCCGGCCUUCGACUGCCGUCUCGCUUUCGUCUUCGCGCCCUAACAGCAGCAGUCACCCCCAACAGAGCACUCCGUCGAUCAAGCAGGAGCAGUCUAUUCCAGACUCAAUUCCCUAUGGCGCCAAGACGCCUGGGAGUGACUCGACGCCUUCGCCUCGCGGUGGGCGUGGGCCAAUGGUGUCGCAACACCCGGCGAUGCAUCAGCAACCGCAACAGGCGCCGCAGCAGUCGUACAUGAACCAUCUUGUCCAUGUUCCGACACCGCAUCAUCAGCAACACGACAGCGUUGUCGGCGCCUCGAUAAAAGGCUACGGGGGCGACUGGGCCGGCAUGAUCUGA